AUGACAAAUCAACAACAAGGGCUUUCACAUUAUAACCAAGGUUAUCAAAGUGAACCAUCUGAGUUAGAGGAAACCAUGAAUCAAUUCAUGCAACUCUCUUUGUCCAUUCAACAAAACCGGGAAACGCGAGAUGUCCAACUUACCCAAUUCUUAACCGAGCAAAACGUAAGUCAAAUCCCAACUUUUCAAAACCCUACGACUUGUGUAGAAACUUGCAAUGUUACUUCAAUAAAGAGUGCAAAAGUGCUCGAUGAGGAAGUUGAAAACAAGGAUGUUGAGAAGGAAGAUGAUAAUCGUGGAGCGGAAGAUGAGGAAGAUGAAAUUGUUGUAACUGAGGUGAAUAAAGAAGUGAAAAAAAGAGAUCAAUCUAAAAGGAAGAAAGCAUGUGACAAGAUGGCAAGCAAGGUGAUACCGAGUCAACACCUCCCAUAUCCACAUGCACCAUCAAAGAAAGAUAAUGCUAGGCAACAUGCAAGGUUUAUGGACAUCUUUAAACAACUUCGUAUAAAUAUUCCAUUUGCCGAAGCGUUGGAGCAAAUGCCCAAGUAUGCUAAAUUCAUGAAGAAGAUAAUCACAAAGAAAAAGAAGCACACAGAUGAGGAGACAGUGUUGCUUGAUGCCCAAUGCAGUGCCGUAAUCCAAAGAACUACUCCAAGAAAGGAAGCCGAUCCGGGACGAGUUACUUUGCCAUUAAAUAUUGGAGGUAACUUCACUGGUGACGGGUUGAUUGAUCUGGGGUCUAGCAUCAACUUAAUCCCUUUAUCCAUUGUCAAGAAAUUAGGGAAUAUUGUGACGAAGCCGACUAGGAUGACAUUGCAAUUAGCCGACAAGUCUAUCACCUCACCAUAUGGAGUGGUUCAAGAUUUGCUAACCGGUUUGAUUGAGCAGGAACAGAAACCUAAGAAAAAUGCAGCACCGCGCCGCGAGACCUCAUACCGAGGCGCGACACGUUGGCAGAAGCUUUCGCGCGUCGCGGAAGAUCUGCGCGCGACGCGGUGA